AAAAUAUUAGGUGGAAGAUCAUGAAUUAGUUUCCUUUGCUUACUCCCUCCAUCUCAGUUGUCAAUAACAUGAGUAAUGUUUUGCGUUUAAUCAAUGAUAGACAAAAGCAAUUGUUUGACUCAAAAUAUGUGCAUAAUUUGCGAUCAAAUCAGACUCUUUCUUUUGAAAUUUCAAACAACACGACUGUGACAUCAGAAACUAAAUAUGCCAGUACAGCAAUUGACAUAGAUACUAAUGGAGAAUAUCUGCUAUCUGGAGAUUCUGUUGGUGGUGUCAGCAUACAUCAGAUAAAUGAGCUGGAGGUUAACUCUGUUAAUGAGGUCAAACCAACAUGUUAUGAACCAAAAACAGGUCAUAAAUUCAGUAUUAACUCUAUUAAGUGGUUCCCUAAAGACACAGGCAUAUUCAUAUCAGGCUCGUCAGAUAAAUGUGUACAAGUCUGGGACACCAAUGAGAUGGCUGCUGUUGAUAAGUUCAAGUUCUCUGGACAUGUUUAUGAUGCUCAAUUAUCAGCGAAAGGUGGAAAAACAUCCCAUCUCAUUGCAGCUGCUGUAUCAAAUCAUCAAGUGAAGCUGUGUGAUAUGAAGUCUGGAUCUGACACUCAUACUUUGAGAGGACAUACAGCAGCAGUUAAUAAUGUUAUCUGGUCAAACAGAAACGCUUAUGCCUUAAUUUCUGCUGGAAGAGAUGGAAAAAUAGUCAUGUGGGAUGUAAGAAGAUCAAAAGCAGCGGUGCAUUAUUUUGAUCAGUUCAAUGGAAACUCAGACAAAGGUCAUAGUGGAUCAGUGACAAGUUUAUCACAGACAGAGGGAGGUCUUUAUCUUCUCAGUUCUGGCCAAGAUGAGCAAGUGCGCUGCUGGGACAUGACAACUGGGGAAAACACUUUUACUAACUUUGGAACUGCAGCUUGUGCAGACAUUAAAUCAGUUGGUGCAGCUGUUUCCUUCUAUUCGUGUUACCCUGGAUUGCUAUAUUUACCAAAUGGUAGUGAUGUAUCAGUUUAUGACGUUUUAACUGGUCAACACAUCACUGAUCUCUCUGGGCACUUUGGCAGAAUAAAUGCUGUUUGUUUCAACAAAGCUAUUGCACAGUUAUAUUCUUGUUCUAGUGACUGUACAAUACUUCUCUGGGAACCUCCUGGAGCAUCAGAUAAAACGGAUGAAAGUAAUGCUCAAACAAAGACUGUUUAUCAGGAUAACUGGAGUGACAGUGACGAUGACCUGUAACCUUUGUUGCACUCGUAUUUUAGCUAAUUGCAAGGGAUUUCCAUCUAAUCCUAUAGGCCCUUUAGCUUUGGUAAUUCAGUAACUUAUGAGUUAUAAUAUUGUACUACUUAUAAAAGGUAUCUAUCGUGACUUGUGAGAGUUGUUAAUGUAUCCCACUUAAAGAGUACAAUGUCAGAUGUUAAUUUGUUUUUGAUAUGAUAAGCUUGACAGUUUGAUAAUUCUUAAAUUCCUUAUGUAUGCUGCAAAUUGAAUUUUAAAGGUAGAUGUUCCAGAUUAAUUUUCAUUCUUAGAAAGAGAAACUUUUAUUCUUUUACUUUUAAUUGGUCAGCUUUACAUGGAGAAUGCAUAAGCCUGGUUCAUUUCAAAACUUCUCUGUUGCAUUAUUGCAUCACUAUAAAGUAUAAGCAACUGGUU